GGGAAACAUUGGACAGAGAGAGAAGGAGAGAGAGAGAGGGAGAGAAUGGUGUUCUUCUGCUUCUUGGUGGACCAGAGGCGGACACUGGAGAGCAGCAAGCCGGCGGCCGGACUCUGCUCGAGGUGCAACGCCGGUGCGCGGGUUGCCACCAUGAAGACGUCCACCAGAUUUUGUAGUGUCCCCCUUUAUUCAAGGAACUGGAAAGCCAUCGUCUGCUCCUUUUGUGGCACCAUCCUUAAGUCCUAUGCUUAAUUGGCUACGCUGCCACCAUGAUCACCAUCAUCAACGUGCCACCAAUUCUUCCAUGUUGUAAUCAGAGAUCACAGUAGCCACAUUUAGGAGGCAGUGCCUUUGCCUAGCCAUUCUAAUGGUGAAAAUAACAGUUGAUGUUGUCCAAAUGGAAGAAGAAGAUGGAGGGGAAGGCAAGUUUGAUACGCAUAAUUUGUAACUAGUGAUGAAGAGAUUAGAACCAUUUACACUCCAUUGUCGUCUUACCUCUGGAUGGAAAUUAUAUAUAAUUUUCAAGGAA